CUCUCUCUCUCUCUCUCUCUCUCUCUCUCCACCAUCAAACUCCUGCGUUUCACAAAACUUCAGACUGAGGAACACUGAAGCGACGGUUUCACUCGAGCAAAGGGACUGUGUGUCUGCGUGGAUGUUCAGAAACAGAGCGAUGUAGUUGAGUCCAGUCGAGUCCGGACUGCGCGUGAAGUCAUGGGUUCAGAGGCUGUAGAGGACUGUGUGCAGGGGGCGCUAUCUUCUCUCUAUCCUCCUUUUGAAAGCACCGCUCCUCCUCUCCUCUCUCAGGUGUUCUCUGUACUCGAGUCCACCUAUCAGCACGACAGCUUGAGAUAUCUGCUGGAUUUCUUCAUUCCAGCCAAACACCUUCUGCACAGACUACAGCAGCAUGCAUGUUCCCAGUAUUUGGGUUGUCUUUUCUUGCACUCUGGUUGGCCACUCUGUUUGGGAGAGAAGGUAGUAGUACAACUCUCUACGUUGGACUGGAGACACCUGCGUAGCACUGACUUCUACCUACAGGUGGUCCCCUUCUCGACACGUUGUCCUCGCCUUGCUCUUAAGUGCCUUGCACCUGGUGGAAGGAACGUACAGGAGGUCUUAGUGCCAGAGUCACAACAUCCGCUGGUUUUUACUUCAGAGUGGCUACACUGCAUCAACAAGGAGCGUGGCUGCAAGAGAGAAGGUGGAGGGUGUUUGGACACUUGUCUGGUGACUACAUGUGACGGAGUAGUCCGUAUUCCAUGGGAAGAGGUGGUCUAUCCCAAACUCCUUCACAAUCCAUCUAAUCCUCUCCAAGACAAUCUUGACCAAACCGAUUUGUCAUCGGGGGGAUUGGGGCUUGGUUGGGGCAACUCUUCGGGAGAGCAUGAUUCCUGGUCCUGGGAUGAAGAGGAUGACUUGCCUCCAGAUGGAAAUGAGGCGGAGAUUGAGACUGCAUUAGAAUGCCUGCGCAAAAGCAGUGAUGAUCAUCUUGUAGCUGAUGGUGCUGGAGAUUAUGUUGAGCUGCUAGAGCCCAGAGGAGGCCCAGAUGGUGGUGCUGAUCCCAAGCAGCGCUAUCUGGAGAUGCAUGGAAUAUGUAAGACCAAAACAUUGCCCCUGUGUAGGAGGGGUAAAGCAAUACGACUAAGAAAGGGGAAGGGGAGAGGGUAUGUGAAGACUGAACCUGGUACUAGGGCUGGAAGUCUGGUACGAAGGAAUAGCAACAACAAUGGUAAGAAUGGAGUAGUUUCCUGUAGUGACUUGGCUACCUCACGCCCCUUGCCACGUGUCAUUGAUUUGGGUCGCCAAAGAAGGUCGUAUUCCCCUCUGUUCCAGGACUCUGAAGAAGGUGCUAGAGACCCAUUAGGUCUUGGAUGUAGAUCUCAUUGUAUGGACAGUCUGGCCAAAGAGAGGAGGCCAGGGGUAGGAAAAGAGAGAGAUGGGCCUGGGGGUACACUGCCCUGGGAGGAGUGUCAGAGAAAUAAGUGUUCCAGCAUGCAGUGUUCUACAGAUGAUAAUGACGUGGCUAAGAACAAAGCAGAGAAUCUGGAAGAGGGACAACAGGACCACAAUCAAAUAUCGCACUGUGACUGUGAUGAUAAAAUAUUGGCCAACACUUUAGACAGUAGACAUGAGGUUGCAACAUUAGCAAAUCCCUCCAAUGCUUCAGAUAAUGGAGCUGUCUCUUUGGCUGUUUAUGGAGAAACAGAAGACAUAAAAAAGACAUUGGCUGGAGAAUCUAUGACACAGACAAUGUCUCUCCAAGAUUCUUCCCUGAAAAAUGUAUCUGAUUCAUCACAAAGCAGAACCAAACACUCAGACAAUAAUAGUAAUGAGAAAACUGAUAAAAUUCCGCCGCCAUCAGGUACUGUAGGUGCCGCACAAGAAAAGUGUCCUAGAAAGUCGGAGAACAUUGUUUGUCCUACAGGAAAAGAAGUAAAAACAGGUGGAUUUAGAGCACCCAGGAGGAAAAGAAAAGCCAAAGGAGGCAAAGGGAAGGCCAAAUCCAAUGGCCGUGUCCAACAUAAAGGCAAGGGUGACUCAAAGAAUGUGAACAAAGCCACCGAACCGACCAGCCAUUCUAGACGAUCAGAGGAGGCUCCCAAAUCAUCCAAAGAUUGCAAAGGCUGUGUAUCAGUGACUGACACAGAAACAGAUGCAAAGUCAAAAGCCAAAGAUGGAGAAAGCCAGUCUUGCACAUCCUUUUCUGACCAUUCCCAAAAUGAGAUGCGAUUACCUGCUGCUCACUUAGAGUCCAAAUCUCCCCCUCCUCAUCUUAGAGACCUAGAUUUCAAUCUUUUGCAGUCAGGAAAGCUCAAAUUAACAGGUACAAUGGAUCGACUGGGAAGAGCAUUAGUUAUCACAGAAAGUCACCUCCCAGAGGAUGGAUGGAACACAGAUGAAAUUAUCAAAGUGCUGUCCUGCUAUUACAGCAUCACCAGACCUAUGGCCAGAGAGAAGGGUCUCACUGUCAUAGUGGACAGCAGAAAGUCUGCUACGUCUGAACUCUGUCUCUCUGCACUGAAGCUCUUCAAGGGACAGGCAGCAACAGAGCUUGACUCAGUUCUUAUCCUAACUGAGGAACAAGAUGAAUCUACCCAUCCGUGUCUGGAUGGAAUAGAGGUGCAUACAGUACGAGGUACAGGCAUCCUUCAGCAGUUUGUGGACAAGCAGCAGUUGCCCAAAGAAAUGGCUGGAGACUUUAACCACUCACAUGAUGACUGGCUCACUUUCAGACUGAGUUUGGAGCAGCUGACUGAGCGCUGUGAGAGCGCCCUCACCCUGCUGGGAGACGCACUGCAGUCUAUGGACACAGAACCACUACCUGACUGCAUUAAGAAUGUUCCCCUCAGCGUCGACAAACACAGACAGUUAAUGACAAGCAUCCUCACUGACCAACGGCUGACAGAGCUGCAGCAGAGGGGCGGGACUUGGCUGGCAGGUCUGGCCAAUGGGACCUCAGGGCUGGCACAGAAAUCACCAGACUGCAAGGCUGCUUUGGCAGUGGCCUCUAAUCUGUAUGACAGUGUUGAUGAUGCGCUUCACCGACUGGUGCGUGUGUCCAAUCAGAGGGGUCGUGACCUGGAAGCACUCGGGAGAUUGGCUGCCCUUGUGGAUAAAUUGGACAAGUGUGAGAGAGCCAUAGAGCAGGAACAGCAGCAGCUGGAGGACUAUAAACAUCCUCCUCUGUCUCUCAGCAGACUGUCACUCAAACAGCACAAGUUCAGGAGCUUCAGAGAGUCAGCGAUGGAGCUUCACAGUGAGACUCUGGUGUUGCUGGGAGAGGUGGAGAGCUGGUCUGAGCUGGACUGGCCCGGUCUCAGAGCUGUGCUGGACAAACUCCCUCCAAUAAGAGAAAAAGUGCGAGACAUGUCUCACUGUCUGUCAGACUGCUGGACACAGCUGGACAACACACAGCGACUGCUGUCUACACUCACUGAAGCGUCUCAGUGGUGUGACGUGGUGUCAUCCUCCUCUCCUUCCUCUUCCUCGUCCUCCCCUCUCUCCUCUCUCCCUCCCAUCCCUCCAUCACGUUUCCAGGAUGCUCGUGCUCUUGCGCUGGAUCUGGGCGGAGGGGCUUUGCUGGACCUCUGGUCCCAGACUCUGGAGCGCUAUCAGAAAACUCUGGCUCAGUUCAAGAGCCGAAUCCUGCAGGCGGAAAGAGGCCCGACCAUGGCCCAGGGUCAGGAGCCGGAUUCGGGGGGACGAGGGAGGACCCCUGCCCCCAGCACGUCCAGUCUGGGGGAUUUAGAGGGGGAGAUCGAGCCGGACUGGUGCCCUGGAGGAGGAGAGGGGGGCCUGCAGUCCUGGGGUUCACUGGCGUCCCUCUUCCGGCCACAAAACUGCUCAACGCUCAAGAUCGGAGAGGAAAAGAAGAAAGAGGGGGUGAAUCCAGGAGGGGGAAAGUUUCUGCAAAAUCUGCUGCACCCGGCCAAGAAAAAUGCCACGGAUGCGCCCCUUCCUCCCAAACCUCCUCGCAGGCGUCAUCCCAGUUUCGACCUCCAGGCUCUGCUUGCCCCGCGCCGUUCAGCCGCCGUGUCUAAACCCGCCGAGUCCACAUCGGGCCAGUCCUCUCCGCUGUCCUGGCUGGGCCGCCGGGGGCUGACGGAUCCCAUCCUUACGGCAGGGCUGGCAGCGGCGGUUCCAGGAUGGAAGGAUCCCCCUGGAGGAGGAGCAGGAGGAGGAGGAGGAGGAGUGCUGAUCAGAGGAGUAGAGGUUAGCAGUAAGGAAGUGGCGGAUCAUACAGGUUUCACGCGCCAACAUGUGCUGCUCAACCGUAUCGAAAGAGAGACGGGGCUGGAGAGAGCAGGAGCGACCGCACAGAGCAAGCUGUACUUACAGUGGUGUCGGCUGGUCAGCACAGAGAGGCAGUAUGUGGCUGUUCUGAAAGGUGUGGAGGAGAACUAUCUGCCCCUCCUGGAGUCUUCAGACGUCCCGUCUGCACUGAGAGGAAAGACAGAGUCACUCUUCUGUAACUGGAAGAGCCUCUCUGCGUUCCACUCGCAGUCGCUCCUCCCGGCCAUGGAGGGCGCUCUCUCCCAGACACUGCAGCAGACCGACUGCUUCAGCAAAUAUAAGGAUCAGUUUCUUCUGUAUUCCCACUACAUCCGGAUGAGACCGGAGCCGGACGCUCUGCUCAUCAGUCAGGCUGCUGACUUCUUCAGGUCGAAGCUGUCUUCCUCUCUUGUUCCCGCUCCUCCGUUUCCUCAGUGUCUCUCCACUCCGGUUCAGAGACUGGAGCAGUACUGCCAGACACUGGAGGAACUGGGCGGGCUCAAUCCCACCUCUGACUCCGCCCUCUCCUUCCUAAAACACGCCCAGCGGCACGGAGAGGAUCUGCGAGCCAGUGAUCUCAUCACAGGGUGUCCGAUCCCCGUGGCGGAGCGUGGAGAUCUGGUGCGUCAGGGCGAGCUGUGUGUUUGCGGUGGAGGCCGACGGAAGAAAACGGGAAUCAGAAACGUCUUCCUCUAUCAGAACUAUCUCAUCUUCACCAAACACAAAACACCCAGCCCAGGAUGCAGUGUGUACAGCUUCAAACACAGCGUUAAGACGGGGGAGAUGGGUCUCACUCAGAGCGUGGGCGAGGACGGCCUGAGGUUCGAGGUGUGGGUGAGACAGGCGUCCCGCACCAGAGACUGUCUCACUCUUCAGGCCUCCAGCGUACAGGAGAGAGGAACCUGGACCCACGACAUCGCACAGCUGCUCUGGACUCACGCCAUCCACAACACAGAGCUGUGUCUGAAGGAGUCUCUGUGUAUGGGGGUCUCCAGUAAGCUGCUGCUGGAUGUGACGGGAGCUCAACUUUCAGACCUGGACUCCAGCUUCAGCCUGAACGACAGAGUUCAGAGCAGCUGUUCAGAUUCAUCUUCUGUGGGCAGCACGAGAGAGAGCGACUCACCCGCCUCCGUGAGAGAGCAAACACCCCACACUCAGAGCUCCUCCCCCUCCACCUCUGUGUGAAUCAUUUCAACAGUGCAAGUCUUACAAAUAAUACACAACGGGUGCUGCUUCUUUAAUCACAAUCUCCUCCACAUAUUUAGGACUGGGACAACUGGACACAGACUGGACCCUGAGACGCACGCAGCCGUGUAAAUACAGUGUUACAGAAGACUGGAGAUCGUGUGUCAGCAGCCGUCUCACUUCUUAUCACUUCAGUUGCUCUUGAUAAUUGACUUUCAGGUAGAGAAUCAAAGCUGAUUCAACGUCUCAGGCCCAUCACAUUCAUCAGAAACGAAGUAAAGAUGACAUUAAAGUCAACAUGAAAUCAAAACGCCUGAAAAUCUGCUCUUUCACAGAGUUUGUUUCUUCAUCAGGUUUGGAGAAAUGCAGCACUGCAUCAGUGUCUCAGCAAUGGAUGCUCUGCAGUGAAUGGGUGCCGUCAGAAUGAGAGUCCAAACAGCUGAUAAAAACAUCACAAUAAUCCACAGCUCUCCAGAACAUCUAUUAACAUCUGGAGAAGACAAAAGCUGAAACAUAUCCAGCAUUAAGAUGAUUUUUUAUCUAAAAUACGAGUCUUUAAUCCACAAUAACUCUUCCUCCAGUGAAAAAGUGCAUCUGCUGUCGUCUCUCAGAUCAGAAUCCACACACAUAUUUUGUUUAGAGCUGUUUAAACUCUGCUUGAUCUGUGCAGAUUUCUCUCCUGAUUCAGACCAGAACACUUUUCAGAUGUUAACUGAUGUUCUGGAGAGCUGUGGAUUAUUGUGAUGUUUUUAUCAGCUGUUUGGACUCUCAUUCUGACGGCACCCAUUCACUGCAGGGCAUCGAUUGCUGAAACACUGAUGCAGUGCUACAUUUCUCCAAAUCUGAUGAAGAAACAAACUCGUCCUGAUCUUGGGAUGACCUGAGAGUCUGCACUUUAUCAGCAAAUGUUUCAUUUUGUGUGAUCUGUUCCUUUAAUACACUUUACUUCUGCAUGCAUACUUGUUGUACAUUACACCAAAGAAAAACAAAUGUUUAUCUUCAUAAUCUUUUAUCAGAAUGCAAUAACUUUCUUCACCUCUGAAAUCACUUUCAUUUCCAACCGUAAGUAAUAAUAUAAAGAUUAGAGCGACAAUAUGAGCAUAAAGCAAGAUGUAUGGGAAACCUGGCGAUACAAACUUGAUAUUUCAUGUUGACUUUGAGGUCAAUAUUUACGUGAGGUGAACUUUCGCUCACGACGUGCUUCAGCAGUCACUUGCAGCUUCAGACUUCAUCGUAAAUGUCUUGCAAUUGUGGAUCAAAUCCAAACCAAAGACACUAUUGCAAGAUCGUGCCAAAUGCAAUCUCUGUAAAUAUUACAGCAGCAGAGAUUCUGUCAGUGCAGCUUAUUUAACACACCUAGUGAUGGAAGAGUUAAAUGCUUUAACAGAUUUUAUAUAUCAAACUCCGAGGACACAUCUGGUAUUUCGGCCCGUCUCCAUCUCAGAGAACUGAAGAAUCUUCCUUAGGUUUUCUUCUCCGUUCUCUGAGUUUAGUGAAGCAGCAGCUGUAUUUUAUUGUCUCGGCCGAUCCGAUCCAAAUCCAGUCCUAUGUUUCUGGAGAGAGCUGCUAUGGAUGGUGUGUUUUAUGCUUUAUGAGUUAUGUAAUUAUUUAGCUCCGCCCCCUCAGCUUUUCCAUUAGCCAGAUUCUGCACAGUCUUAAAGAGUAUUAGAUGCUGGAACGCUAAUCUACUCAAAGGUUCAAGUGAGUAAAAACUGACUCCAGCAACUGUAAUCCACUUUACAGUUUAUGAGGACUGACUCUGGAAAAUCAUCCUUUAUAAGCUCUGUUUGGACUUCAAUCUUCUGUUGUGUUGCAUAUUUUAGAUGGUGGAAACUCUGCCCUUCGGAGCUUUUCUUCUACUGAUGAAACUACAGCCAAAGUUUUGUUUUCCUUUUGCUGAAGAGUUUUUAUUCUGUCCAGCUGUGCGUUGAGCUUGGUGUGCUGAAACACUCGUAGAGAAGACAAAUCCCAAAUAAGAUCUUUCUAAAAAGUAUAGGAUCAUCAGCAUUUGUGGUGUAAUAUAUGAUAACCACUUAUGAUUGCCAGUUUUGAUGACCACUUAUAAAUGUUUGAUUUUAUAAAAGUACUUACAUUCAUGCUUCUGUUAAAACUUGUGCUAAAUUUGAGCGGUCAUUUUAAGUGAUCUACUGCUACAUUAUCUUCAAUACAAAUGCAAGAUCAGAUCAAAUUUAAACAAAAGGUUAGCGAGCAGAUUAAAAUAAGGUUUAUUUCCCAAAACGUUGUGUAUUUUGAUGAUUACAUAUUAGUACCAUUUACUUCCAUCAUCGGUACCUUGAGAAAAAGAUAUAUUCAUGAAAUGAAAGGCCACAUAAGUGCACUUAAUAAGAGCACGCUUCAAACAAAGUGCAGAUCUUAAAUUAGGUAGAAAGGUUUUUUGUUUUUAAGUUUUACUUAAGUGGGUAAUAUAUAUAUAUGUAUAUAUACACUCUAAGGUUGAGUUCUCUGAAACGCUCAGACACAUCACAAAAGUGUGCAGUCAAAGAAAUAUUCUGAAAUAAAACAGAACUAAGAGUUACAAAACAGCAACCUCUGAGCAACAAAAAUGUGCAACAGUAGCAAAAAAUAGAAAACGGCAUAGUUUCUUCAAUAAUUAAGCAGUUCAGAUAGCACAUCCCACUUCUGAUUUAGAGAACUUGGAGAAGAGUGUAGGACCCCAAACCUGAGCGAGUGUGGGAGGAAUGCACUGUAUCUACAGCACCAAACCCACAGUCAGGCCAAAAAUACUCUCCGCAGCGGGGCGUGUGCGAUCCAUCUCGCUCCCAAACCAGAAAUACCUUGGCGGGAUUCAUAGUUUUGAUUGUAAACAGGAGCGUGUGCCAGAGAAACAAGCUGUCUUUAUAAGCCUCAUCAUCUAUUCAUGUUUACAUUUUUGAAUUGCAUGCUCCUUUUUGACUUUGUAACUGUUUAAUUGUCUUUGUGGGAAUAUUAAAUGAACAGAAUCAA